GAUUGCUGGGAUUGUACGGCCUAUAUAGUUAAGCUGGUGACGACGACAUACCAUUGUUCCAGCCGAACGUGCUCCGCCGCCGAGAUUCCUGCUUAUUAUUUGCUUGCCAUUUUCUGUGAUUUAUGCCACCUCACUGACUGCGUUCCAGUCAACGUCUUCCAGCCACCGGCAUCCCACAUCACCCCGUCACUAUUGUUCCUGCCAACGACUGCCGUUGUACAAGUUCAUAAUCGCAGCAUAGAGUUUGAUGGCCGUGACAAGUGGUGCCGUUAAUUAUAAUGGAGCGUCGAUCAGAGAAGUGGCCGACGACGUGAUACUUCACGGCGAAGGGCCGUUUUGGGAUUCUGAGAACAACGUCUUGUAUUUCGUCGACAUUUCUCAGCAACGCGUUUACAGGUUUUACGAAAACCGUUUGGAACACGUUCAAUUAGACGCUGACGUGGGUUUCGUGAUCCCUGUGCACGGACAACAAGGCCUGUUUGUCAUCGGACUGGGUACAACGUUGGCUAGUCUCCGGUGGAAUCUCAACGAGAACACCAAUAAGGUCGUCAAGCUGACCACCGUUGACAGAAAUAAACCAGGAAACCGAUGGAAUGACGCAAAAGCAGACAACAACGGGUACUUGUGGGCCGGUACUAUGGGAUUCGAGGACGCUGCUGGAAAUAUCCCACCCGGACGUGGAACUUUGUACAAGCUAAACGACACCAGUUGUUUCGAAAGCCUCAAACCCGUCUUACCGGGAGUUUCCGUUUCCAACGGGCUUGCGUGGAACGGUGACAGUACAAAGAUGUAUUACAUAGAUUCGCCAACUAAGCAGAUAGCGGUUUUCAACUACGAUCCAGYUACGGCUUCUAUUUCUAACCGCAAAACGUUAUACGAUUUCAAGACGGACAACAUACCCGGYGUUCCGGACGGUAUGACGAUCGAUGCUAACGGUGAUCUCUGGAUCGCUAAUUAUAAUGGCGCUCAAGUGCUGCACGUGAGCGGAACCAGUGGAAAGUUGUUGGGCAGGUUAAAGAUCCCCGCCGAGAAGGUUUCAUCUGUCACGUUUGGCGGACCAAAUUUGGACAAACUAUACGUAACGACAAUUAGUCGUGGAGUGACACCAGAGAAAUUCAACGAGUAUCCGAUGACGGGAAAAGUGUUAGAGGUAUCUGGUCUCAGAGUCAAGGGCACAAAGAACAAUAGAAUACGUGAAAAAUGUUUUAAAUAAUGUGACACAUUUUACGAACGCCUUGUACAAAAAACAAUUCGGAAUUGUAACGUAGGCAAUAUAAUAAAUGCCUAAUUGUAAUUUAAUUAAUGUCUUUGAGUUUUUGUCCGUGACUAAUGAUUACAGUACAAUUAUUGUCCAACGUAUGCUUGUACUAUAUAAUUAUCGCCGGAAUGCGUUUAAUAAUACGUACAUUGUUGAUAUACAUUUAUGCAUAAAUAAAAGCAUUAUAUUCUACUA